AUGAAGCGAGCAUUGAACGAUAUUCCAGUAGAGACAUGUAAGCGUUUAGUAGUCUCUGCUCAGCAAAUGUUUGAAGAAGAAAUUUCAAAAACUCUUUNAUAUUAUAUAUAUAACGAUGACGAGAACAAGGAGUAUGUUGAUGGUGAUGAUGAGGAUAAAGAUGAGGAUGACGAUGACGAUGAUGAUGGCGAUGCGGAUGAAGAUGGCGAUGACGAUGACGAUUACGAGGAGGAUCAUAAAGAUGACGAUGACGAUGAUAAUGACAACGAGGAUGAGGACGAGGACGACGACAAUGGCGACGACGGUGACCACGGCGAUGAUGAUGACGAGGACAAUAACGGUCACGAUGAUGAUGACGAUGGCGAUGUUAGUAAAAUUAAAAAAUAUAUUAUAAAUGUAACAGUUAUUACCAAAGAUAAGAAAAAACUGUUCUUUACAUACAAAUACAUGUUUCUAAACAAGACUAUCGAGGACCUCCAAUGA